CGUCAUCCCAUUGUUUUCGUUUGGCUGUUUAUGACGUCAUGAUGAGUAUCAUUCAUUUAUACUGAGCGGCAACGUCGUUGGAGCAGGCUGUUCAUGCGAAACAUCACAAGGCAUUAAGAUGAAAGAAACGCGCGUCGCGUGGAAGGACAUGUGGCAGUACUGGCCGCUGCCGGCAGAUUCAGACGACGAGCUCAAACCUCCAAAUCUGCCACGCCCCUCCCGUCCGGUCGUGCAGAUGAACCGACCCUCACCUGCAGUGAGAGCCAAGCUCCGCCCUUACGCUCCCUGUAGCGAGUCAGCAUUUAUUUCCCCUUGGGUGUCGGACGACCGGCGCGCCGUCACGUACAUGCUGUAUGCGUCCCUGGAAGAAACUCGUCUGCUCAGCACUCUGUUCCGCAGAAAGGCCACAAAUGCCACUAUUAAGAAAGCCCUGGGUGACCUGAGAAGACUGAAAGAUCAGUUACACACUGACGCCAUGUGCGGCAUCGCAUCAGCGGUCGAAAACCAGCCUCUGCUCAGAUCAGACAGAGAGACGUCCCCCAGUUCGUCGAGAUCCGAUUCCUCGUUCUCUGACACGCCUCUCCAUCGCUGCCUGGCCAAGACAAGUGUCAGGGUAGGGUACGGGUACGCCACGCCCCCUUGCGCCAGGGACGACGGGGCGACCGGGGACGCUGAUUUCAGAUACAGGUACGACAUGGACGACGACAGUGGCUUGGACACAAGCAGCAGCAGCAGCAGCAGCAGCAGCAGCCUUCAGAUCAGAACAUCGCCUACCGCAGCGAAUCCGUUCAGUCGCCUGUCUCCCCGCCGCCAGUCUAGCAUCAGGAAGUUCAUCGACAGGGUCAGCCGUUUUUUCCGCACACGACGUCAUUCCGCCAGCCGUGUUGCUGACGUCAUAUGCUAGAUGAACAACAACGUUGCCUCCGUAACAUCAUUGGCAUAAAAAUGACUUUUUUUAAAUGGAUCACAAUAAAGAUUCAGAUAUUUUUUUAGGUUGCUUGUUUAACAUGGUGUCUGGCUUACAUUUAUGUUGACACACAUUUCUAUUUACAGUACACCAAACGUGUAUUUAUACAGAUUUAUAAAGGAAACGCAUUUGAGAUAUAUUUUUGCUAUCAGAGAUUAUAUAUGCAAUUUAGAUCAUUAUUAUGUUAUAUUUAUUAUAAUAAUAUUAUAUAGCUCAUAAAGGUUGUACAUAAUACAACCGUCAGUUCUAUAAUAAUUAUGAUCUCGUGUUACAUACACGUUGUUUUCACAUAUACAUUCAUUGUGUUCUCAAAUAAACUGAUAUUGCAAUGUAA